GCAGAUUAAAAUAAACAUAUAACGCAUAUAUGACACAACUGUUCAAUGAAACGGCUUUGUUGUAAUAGGCAGGCAAUAAAUUGCUAAAAAUAACCAAAUCGUAUUAUUCAAGAAGUUAUAUUUCAAAGUGAAGCAUUUCUGUGUUUUUAGUAGAUACGUUUGCAGAUUUUAUCUUUAUAUACAUUAGAAUGCGUUUAAUUAAAUCUGUUUGACUGUAACGUAUUUAUACUAAUACUGCCAAUUGAAAUGACGAAGGGAAGAAAACACGUGCCCUCGCAAGAAGAACAGGGUAUAUGGUUUCAACACCGAGGCAUGCCCGUGAAUGUGGAAAAUCGAUCAAGCGGAACGACUACGGGAAUAAUGUUGAACCGUGAAAGCGCAACUGAUAAUAAUUCGCACGUAAAAAUACCACCUGUGUUUGCUAAAAGAGCUAAAGAGGCGUCUCAUACCAAUUGUUUUUCAAGUCACGAUAACAGAAAUUCUUUCCAAGACCACGGGGUGUAUUUUGGUCAGGGGCUUGGGAAACAAAAGGUUCAGGGCGAACAAAGACAGCACAGCUCUCAAGAUGUUGUAACGUGGAACAAAAGAAAUGACCCUGAGUAUGCGCAGGGUAUUAACAGCCUCUACAAAGAAGAUUACUCCGGUGUUGACGUUACAAAUCGGACGCACCACCGACGUUACUCGAAGCAUUACAAAGAACCACCACAAGGUUUAAUUAAGGUGACGUCCAACACAACCAUGUGGGUAGACGAUAAUGAAAAAAUUGAUCCAACUUUUUUACAAAUUCUUGCCAACAGCCAGGAACCACAUUUGAAACAUAACCCCUGGAAGUACUCGUACCACGCUUAAUUAAUGUUAUGAGCAAAGUAAUCAUAUCUAAUAUGUACAGACGUCAUACGCUCAAACAAUUCUAUUUAUAUACCUAACGAUCAAGUUUCAAA